UUUAGUGUAGAAUCUGAAUUUUGAAGUAUGUGGGAUUAACUCCAGAAAUCGCUAUUUAUAUGAAGAACAUGACAUGCUUUUAUUUUGAAAUGUUUACCGGAAGUACGUUCGCUAAACCGCUAACUUCAGCUUUACACUCAGCAAAAAAGCACUUUUUGUAAUUGCAAGUAGUGUCAGUAAUAGAUUUUUUGGGGGUCAUUUUUUCGUUUGCAAAUGUUGUUAACCAGCCAUUUUUCCUGUUUGAAGUGUCACCUUUUAACCGCAAGUUUGCUUUCACGAGACAACUGCCAAUGUUUUAUAGCAGGCUAAAAAAAACAAGGCUGCGUGUGUGUGUGUGUGUGUGCGUGUGUGUGUGUGUGUGUGUACUUUGGUGUGCGUACGUGCGUCCUUGAUAGGGUGAAACUGCAAGAGGACUUUGACUGAUAUAGACAUGAAUCAGCUCCUGAAAAUUCCGACUUUGCUACGGGGCAGCUCGGUGGCGUCCUGCCGACGUCUGAGCAACAAAGUCCCGCAAGCUCAGAAACUCUUUCAGGAGCCCAACGCGCUGCCAGUGCACGUGAAGGGCGGGGCUACUGAUGUCAUUCUCUAUCGGGCGACCAUGGCGCUCACCAUUGGAGGUGGCAUCUAUUCUCUGUACUGGCUGCUCGUCGCGUCCAUGCCACGCAAGAAGGCGUAGACGCGCUUGCUACUUCCUGGACACCUGACCGACGUCAUCCAUGAAAAUUGGGCUAAAGUCGCUAAAAAAAAUACGACCAUCAAAAUAAAAGAAAGUGCAAACUUCA